AAUGUCACUCUGCCCUGCUUUUUUCUCUGCUCGUCUGUGUUGUUAGGCUUUAUUGAUCUCAAGUCGGAGCACAAGUUGGGAAUGAGACGUGUGAAAGAAUGGCUUCAAUAGGGCCAGCUUGCUGGGACAUUUGUGGCCAGCGAGGGAACGCUGAGUGAGCGAGAUCUGGCUGAGCACUCCGUGGCUGCUGCAGACAGCUGACUGGCCACAGGUCGCUCAAAUUAGGCACAAUUUUUUCUCACCAUGGCAACUAAUAAUUGAUCAAGUUGAGCAAGCAGUGGAUGUUGCUGAAGAGUUACAGGUUGUGUUGGAACAGUGAUGUGGACGGCAGCACCGACGCCUGGUGCAUCUGGUAUCGGGCUGUGUACUGUGCUGUGUAUGAUGGAGGACAUGGUGGCUUGGCUCUGGCAGCGUUGAGUUCCCUCCCCAUGAAGUCACCCUGCUGCUGCUUCUUCUCCUCAGUCAGUAGCCUCAUCCCCUUCCUCCAGCCCCUGUGCUGCAUCUCACACCCUGCCUUAAACACAGUGUGACCCCCUUGCCUUGACAACAUUGUGCUGUGCUCGCAAUAGGACACCACACAGAAGCCAUGUUUUGGACAUACACCUGCAGGUGACAUUGGUGGGAACAUAUUGUUGCUAUGACAACAAGGAUUUACCACUGGUUUUGGAAUAUCAAGAUUUGGACGUGGAUAUCUUCAUAUUGAUGUCUAGAAGAAUUCUGCAGACUGUGUUACUGACAGGACAGGCACCCGGGGCAGCUGUGGCCUGCUGUCUGUCAGUCGUAGAUGCACCGACUGCUCUCUCCAGCUCAAUAGGAACACAACCAGGAGUAUUAUGUGCAUGCUGAAAACAGGGCCGUGGAUUGGAAUGGAUAUGUUUUGUGUAAAGAACCAAACUUUAUCUUGUUUAUGUAGGAGGUAGAUUUGUGAGAGAGGAGACGUAAUGCAGUGAUCACCACGGAGAAGUGUCAGCGUGUGCCCACCUGCGUGGAGAUGUUGGCAUAGUUAUUGAACGUUAUCAUUUAUAAAUAACUUGUAUGUAAACACACAUGGAUUAGUACAUCUCAGAGGUCUGACUGGCGUCUGGGUUUGAGGCUACGUCCCCCAGCAUGCCAGGGGUUUUCCCCACACCAUCAAAGUCGUGGAAACAAAUUCAAGUUGGCGUGAUGUUGGGCAAACGGAGAAAGAAGACGCGGCAUAAGAUGUCCAUAGCCAAGUUGUGUUCGUGCAUGGUGGGUGAGUCCGAUGACUUCCCAGAGAGUGCUCGCCCUUACGAUGUCACCAAGUCCUCAGGGGAGCAGGCGGAACAGGGGCAAAAUGUGGAACAGGCAGUUACACCUCAGGUUGUCAUGGUUACCAAUAAAGCUCCAUUGGAAUCCACCAAUGAAGAACCAGAACCAGCUCAAGAUAUUGAAAUACCUCCACCUAUGGAAAUUCAGGACCACACCUUCAAGGCGGCCCAGGAACCACCAAUGGAAGAAGUCAGUACUAAACUGGCAUCCACGCUGUCCCUCAAGCAGCAACAGCAACAGCAGCAACAACAACAGCAACAGCAGCAGCAGCAGCAGCAACAACAGCCUCCGGUUGAGGCAGGUGGAGCUACGGACUUGGCCACUGAGAUGGAAAACAUGAUCUUCCAAAGAAUGGACCAGCCUACAGAGGUGGUUCCCAAGUCGGACAGUGGGCCAGAGGAUGAGGAUGACAAGUCGGCUGGGGCCGAUGCAGAGGGGGACAAGGCCAAGUACCUCAAGAAAAGACAAUUUGUCCUUCAGGAGCUGGUGGACACAGAGAGGGACUACGUGAAGGACCUUGGAUGUGUCGUGGAUGGUUACAUGACUAUGAUGAAGGAGACGCCGUUACCCGAGGAGGGCAAGGAUAAGAUCAUCUUCGGCAACAUCCACCAGAUCUAUGACUGGCACAAAGAGACGUUCCAACCUGAAAUUGAGAAGAUUUCCGACGAGCCAGAGCGACUUGGAAUGAUCUUUGUGAGAUAUGAGCGGAGGCUCUACAUGUAUGUCAAGUAUUGUGAGAACAAGCCGAAGUCAGAGUACAUAGUUGCUGAAUACGUAGAAACUUUCUUUGAGGAUCUGCGUCAGAAGCUCGGCCACAAGCUCACAUUGCCAGAUCUCCUUAUCAAGCCAGUCCAGAGGAUCAUGAAGUACCAGCUCCUGCUGAGGGACAUAGCCAAGUACACAGAGAGAGCUGGACUGGAUGUGUCGGACCUGAAGAAGGCCCUCCGAGUCAUGAAUGUCGUCCCCAAGGCCGCCAAUGAUAUGAUGCAGGUUGGAAGACUGCAGGGCUUUAAUGGUAAGAUCACUGCCCAGGGCAAGCUACUGCUGCAGGACACGUUGCUUGUGUCGGAGAUUUCAGGGACAUCAGGACCACAGAAGUUCAAGGAACGGCGGGUGUUUCUCUUUGAGCAGAUCAUCAUCUUCAGUGAGAUGACGGAGAAAAGGAAAGGAGAUUUCUCCAAUGCCAACUAUGUGUUCAAAAAUAGUGUCAAAGUCAACAAGAUGUCAAUGUCUGAGAAUGUGGAAGGAGAACCCUUCCGCUUCGUGCUGGUGGACCGGACCCCAGGGUCUGACAUGAAGUUUCACACCCAGGCCCCAUCAGAAGAGAUCAAACAAACCUGGAUCAGGGAGAUCAAGUCCAUCCUCGACAUGCAGGGCGACUUUCUCAGAGCCCUACAGUCCCCCAUCGCCUACCAGAAGGAACUCACCAAGGAGAUGUCUGCUCCUGAGUUCGGUAGCCUGCCCCGAGAGUCAGCAUUACGGAAGACACAUUCUCACCCACAGCAAGCAAAGGGUGUCAACCCCAUUGCAACCAAAUCAAAAGGUGGUCGUCAUGACAGUAAAAAGCAUGAACGAUGUAAAUCAGUUCCCGCACCCCUACCUGAGCUCCCUGCUGAGGACGCAUCCAAGUCAUCUUGCCCAAACUCUCCGAUUGAAACAUCGAAAGAUCCUACAAACCCUGACAGAAAACUUGGUGAUGGUGGUGCUAAGAAAAUGAGUGCAUCUGGUGGAACCACCCCUAGCAGUGAGACGAGUUCAGGGGUGGCUGGCUCACCCAAGCCAAAAAAGACAAUAUUUGAAGGAUUUCGCAACACCCUGGGUAAAAAGAAUAAAACUGAUAGUGUUGGAAACAGCAGUAACACUGGCGGGACUCGGUCCCCCGAAGUUUAUGCAAAUACGCAUUCAAUGCCCGAUGUUGUACAAGACAGCGAUGGUGGUAGGACUAUUUCUGCUGGUUCCGCUGAACCGUGUGCGGGUGCGAAACAACUCACGGAUAGCCCCGGCUCCGAACAGAGCCCGCUGGAGGGUGGGGUCACAGAGGGACGCAUCAUUGUCGACUACGUGGCCAUCAAGGAGGACGAGAUCUCCGUAUUCCGCGGCGAGCUGGUGCAGAUCCUGGCCACCAAUCCCACCAACAUGUUCCUGGUGCACCGGGCCGCCAACCACAACUCCCCCGCCGCGGAGGGCUGGAUCCCGGGACACAUCCUCGGGCCCAAGGACAUGGACGGCAGUCUCAAAAAACACUCGUGGCAGAUGUUCAAACUGAAGAAGCCAAGUUUUCGGCCUGAUAAGUGCGCUGAUGGGAUGAGCAGCCUUGAGAGGAAGGCCAAGUCACUCGGGCGGGAUGGAAAGCCCAAGGUCAAGGUGAUGAGUCCAGGGGACUUCAACUACGAGGUCCCCCCAAUCGUCCAGCAGCCCCUGACCAGUGUCACAGUCCAAGCGGGUGAUACAGCCAUCCUCACAUGUAAGAUAUGUGGCCGACCUCGCCCCAACAUCAGCUGGCGCUUCAACGACGCCACCACCAUCCUCCCAGGUCCACGAAUACUGCUGCUGUACAAUGAAGAGGGUGUGGCUACUCUGCAGAUCACUCAGGUGUCCUUGUCUGAUGCGGGAGAGUACGCCUGCUUCGCAAGUAGCGAGAUUGGCUCCAUCGUGACCCGCGCCAACCUCACAGUACUAGAUCGGCCUGGGGCCCCGGGGCAGCCUGUGAUCCGCAACCAGGUGGGGACGGCUGUGCACCUGGAGUGGUCACCGCCUCCAAACUCUCACUGUGGACAAAUUCAGGGCUACACCGUGGAGUUCAGGGAGAAAGCCUCUGAAGUGUGGCAGUUGGCCAUCCCGUACGUCCCCAACACAUCCCAGGUCAUCGGGGACCUGGAGCCGGGCAUCACCUACCAGUUCCGGGUCAGCGCCAACAACGCCGUAGGCAUCAGUGAACCGAGCCCCCCUUCAGUGUACGUCGCUGUGCCCACAGAGUAUGAGCUGAGUGCCAAGGAGGAGGCAACAGGUGCCAUAUGGAAGGCCACCUAUGAUAAUGACUUCGGUGAUGCAGGAGAAAUUGGAAGAGGAAGGUUUGCAGUGGUCCGUAAGUGUAUCCAGAAGUGCUCAGGCCAGGAGCUGGCAGCAAAAGUGAUCUCGCGGAAGUUGGUGCGGAAGGAGGCGGUGGAGACGGAGUUCAACACACUGCAGAGUUUGCAACACUCGCACCUGGUGCAGGCGUACGACCUGUACGAGAGUCACGCCAACCUCAUCAUCAUCAUGCAACUGCUGCCUCACGGCCGCCUGUUGGAAUACAUCUGCGGGAAGCCUCACUUUGACGAGAUCCAAGCCGCGGAGUACAUGAGACAACUUCUUGAUGUAGUGCAGUACCUCCACAACUGCCGCAUCGCUCACCUGGACAUUAAGCCUGAGAAUCUUCUGGUGGAAGUUGGUGCCAUGGGAACCGGUCUCAAGCUCACCGACUUUGGCGACGCCCGCCACAUCUACAACAACUACUACAUCCACCCCAUCAUGGGCAACACCGAGUUCAUGAGUCCCGAGCUGAUCAGUGGAACUCCAGUGGGACUCCUCACAGAUGUCUGGAGUAUCGGCAUCAUCGUGUACGUGCUGCUCAGUGGAGUGUCCCCGUUCCUGGACGAGAGUCAGGAGGAGACGUGCUCCAACAUCGUCCGUAACGACUACUGCUUCCCCGAUGAGUACUUUGCAGGCAUCUCCCAGGAUGCCAAGGACCUGAUCCGGACCAUGCUUGUUGAAGAACUCAGCAAGCGCCCCUCUGCUCAGACGUGUAUAGAAUGUGCCUGGAUUAAGAAAGCCUCUGUCCCGAGGAGUUCCCCGCUGCGUCCAAAACCUAUUGCCACAGCUCGGUUGUGUGACUUCAUUGAGCGGCGGCGACACCAGAGUGACACCAUGAAGGUGAUGUCCUAGCCGGAGCCUCCUCCAUUGUCUGUGAUGCUAGCAGCCUUCAACACACGGCCCCAAUGUCUAGCGUGUGGCUGAAUGCAUGAUGUGACCCUCAACAUGGAUAGGUCUGCUCUACCUCUCCCGAUCUGCCCAUGAAGUUGCAGCAAGGUCAAGUCCACCGCCUACUGUCUACUGUCUAUUGUGUAGAUGUGUCAGACAGAUCGACAUGUCUUGCAGGACGAAGGAAAUUGCUGCAUCAACAUGGACAACACAACAUCUGCAACUUGGACGACACAACAUCAGCAACGUGAACGACACAACAACAUCAGCAUCCCCCAUCAUGCUCUGUUCCGUGGAGUCCGAGAAAACCGCUGCAUUGGGAGGAGGCUGCGACACAUGCUUCAUCACUAGUGUGACACCCACAACAUUUCCUUUGAUUUGUGAAAUAUUUGGCCGGACUGAAAAUGAGAGGAACUUUAGUAGCACAUUUAAGAUGAUUACCUAAACUGAUGGGAGGUUUUGUCUAGGUGCAUCAUUGUGCAGAUGUCAGGCUUUUGCUGAACGUGAAUGGCCAAUGUCUGAAGGGAGUAUGUACAUUGAGGUAGUUCUAGUCCAACAUCUUUCUGAUUAUGACAAGUUGAGCCAAUGAUUGUACACUCCAGAUGUAUGAAAUAUAAGAGUUCAUUUCGAUUCUAUCUUUCACUGCAAGAUGGGGUGUGUCUGCCAGUACAAUACAAUAUUCUCCAUAGAUGUGCCAAGGGUGUGGUGUCCUUGUGCCAGCAGUGGGGCGGCGUGUGGGAAGAGGUGGCCAGAUGCGCCUCCACUGUAAGGGGGCUGAUGUGUAUCCUCUGUGAAUUAAUCAUUUAAUGUGACAUGUGAAUAAAAACAUUGCAAUAGAUGGUAGAGUACUCCAUGAAGAUAGUCAAUUGUGCCAAGUCGUGAUGGCGUGCUGCCCAGUAGUCAUGGCUUGCUGUAGACUGUACAUCCUGGUUCCUGUAAAUACAACCACUUUAUUCCACCAUGCGUAAUGAAACAAGGACAUUUUACAUUUCAGUGUAAUCAUUUUCACAUUUUUUACCUUUUCCGAUGCAAUUUGAUCAUGAAUGGUGAUUGUGUAUUUAUUCCCUGGUUCUUUCAUCUUCAAAAUAAGAAUGCUUUUGUGUAACAGGGGUAGAUAACUCUGCUGUCCCAACUCUCUGCAGCCAUGUGACGUCUCUACCGCUGAUGCUGCUUGUCUAGAAAUAAACACGGUAUCUUCACUCCGGUAAUUCGCCACAAAAUACUUUUGCCUAAUUUAGGUUAUUUAAAACAGGCUUUGUCAAGACCUGUGUCAUAGAAGUAAGCAACAUUUCUAGAUUUGUAAACUCUUGUGUUUAUGAUAACAUUUGACUGUGUAUCACGGGGAAGAGUGCAACUUGUGCGAUCAUCUGGGUGACCACACGUCAUGUUUCGUUUUCGUAUGACGCGAGGUUGUUCAGUAGCUGUUUAUUUCUGUUUAAUGGUAGAACAUUAUUAAGUGGUUUACAUCUAUGAAGACAUUACUGAGUGGUUUACAUCUGUGAAAACAUUGUUGAUUUGUUCACAUCAUUAUUCGCACCCUAGAAUUAUCGCCACUCGCCCCGCAGUUCUCAGUAUUCCUCGUGAGCUGUGAUAUUCGGACAUCGGAUCGGAAUGUAGUGGAACUCUGAUACUGAUGGAAACAUUUGUUUACACACCUGAGGCUGUACCUAGCCGAACCUGGAGAUCGUGGGGGGUCAUGACGUAGUCGACCCACACAGUGUAGUGGCAGUAGUGUACUUAAUGCUCAUAGUUAAAAAGGUUUUCAUGACAGAAAAUUCCAAUGACUUUUGUUAACAAUUUACCUUUUGGGUUCAGUAUUUAUUUCCAUGUAAUGUGUUUCUAGUCCGUGUGUUUGAUCACCAGAACUCGGUACUCCUAAUGAAGUCUCGUACACACGGGCGGUGCAUGGGCCAUCAGCCGGGUGCAGGCGAGGUGGCCGACUUCAGUACUUGUAUAAUUGUUAUUAUGAUAUCAUAUGUUGCUAUGAAACAUAAAAAGCAUCAAUAAUA